AUGUCGAAGCUUCCCAGUGAUUGUUUAUCAGAAAUAUUUUCUUAUCUAGAGAAUGAUAUGAGCACUUUACAUAGUUGUAUAUUAGUUAAUAGAUUAUGGUGUGAGAUAGCAAUAAAAUAUUUAUGGAAACAACCAUUUGAUCUAACCGUUAAAACAUCAAUGAAUUCAAUAUCAAAAUUUCCUAAUAUUUCGUUUAAAAGUUCAUUAAAGUAUUUAAACUUUCGUAAUUUAAUGAUUGUGAUUGCAAUAUGGGCGAAUUGCACUGAAAAAAAUCCAUCAUUGGUUGAUCAAGAGUUAAUUGAUAAUGUGGGCAGAUUAGUUAUAUUACAAAUAAAAAAAUUGGAUUCAAUCUCAAUGUUUACAACCAACAACAACACCAAAUCAUUUUUUUGGAAUCUCUACGAUAAUCUACAUGUUUGCUAUCCGGAAAUUAGCAAUAGAUGUUUUUCAUACAUCAACAGGUUUGAAUGGACAGCUGGAAAUCAAGGAACAAAAUUCUUGGCAAAUCUUUGCAAUACUUCACAUAAUAUAAAAGUGAUCAAGAUUGAUUGGGAUGAUAAAUGGUUUGCUAGGGAUGAUGAAAAUUUAGAUAAAAAAAAUGAUGAUUUGCUGGUGAAUCUGAUUAAAAAUCAACAUGCAUUGGAAGAAUUUCAUUUUUUCUUUAAUAUACAAAAAAACAUUCCAAAAAUAAUUGAAGGGCUUCACCACCAAUCAAGCCAUUUAAGAAGGGUGGUUCUAAAAAGAAACAGGAUUUAUGAUAAAGCAUAUAUGACAAAAAUUUUAAAUUUGGAGGGAUUGGAGGAUUUGACUAUUAAAUAUUGCUGGCUUGAAUCAGGAGAAAAUUAUUACAAAUCAUCAAUGCUGAAAGAAUUUAUUUAUGAUGAGAAUUAUUUUAGAGUGGACUUUGAAAGUAUUGCAUUGUAUAUUUCAACACAUUUUAAAAACUUGGUUUAUUUGGAUUUAUAUAUUUACAUUAGAGUUUCUUCAUUAUCAGAAAUAUUAUUAUCAUGUAAAAAGCUUGAAAAAAUCAUUAUCAAAGAUAGGAAUUGGUCACAACACUGGCAUGAUGAAAAUAAUCAGAACCUAGAUAAAUUGAUGCAAGAAAUGGUUUUAACAAAUUUGAAACAUUUAGAACUGAAGGGAGUUUUCCAUUUUACAGCAACAUCGUUAGAUAUUUUUUUGAGAAAAUCAAAUCCACCACUUGAAGUGAUGGAAAUAAUUGGUUCCUAUUGUUUUGGAAAUGAUCAUAUUGAGGUUUUGUUAGAAUUGCUAAAUGUAAAGCUGCAUAAACUUCAUAUAACAACGACGAUAUGUCCAAAAAGGAAUAUAAAAUCGAGAGCAAAUAAAAUCAUUAGAGACUUUAAAUAUGUAUAUAUCAAACCAAAGAAAACCGACACAAGACUUCUUUACAUCAACCAACAAUAUCCUAAUACUAGAUCUAGAAAAAAACUUGAAGUUGGUUUGAUAAAUUGA